GUUGCGGUGCGAAGCCCCCAAACACCAACCAACACAAAUACCGGCGUCCUUCCUUUCGCCUUCCCUUCGUCUUGUGUGUUGAUAUCAGAAGAAGGCACGAACCAACCCACGACCUGAUACACACACACACACACACACACGCAACGUUCACUCGUUCAUCGCUGAAGGAAGCGCACCCACCUCGGAACCACUACAGCAGCUGCGUUGUUCCCUUCGUUCGACAUCUCUCUGUUUUGGCGCCCUUUGCGGAGAGGACAGGAUUGUGUUUGUGCGUGAAUUACGCAACAACUCUGUGUCUCGCUGCGUCCCGUCACUGCCGGGAUCGACAUCCGGAGACUCAAGUCACAAUAUCGCUGCUGCUCUUGUGAGUGGUGCCCAUCCAAGGAGUGGCACGCACCCACCCGUUGUACCCCCUUCGCGCUGCAUCAAGACAGGUUCCAACUACAGACCAUGAUGGCGUUUCGGUGCUCCGGCUCAGAUUCCGAUGACGAGGAAGAUACACAACAAAAGGCUCCCGUCACGCCUCCGUUACCGCCGAGAUCUCCCAAGAAAUUACACAGGACAGAGGAGCUCAGAAGACACUUCCCCACCCUCGCACCCCACAUCCAAGCACAGGAGGUGCAGCACGAGCGCUCGGUUGUGGAGCAGAACGUCGUCAACUCCAGUCUCGACAACCUCAACCUCGACGGGCCGCUGAAACGGUCGCCGUCGGCAUCGUCGCCCAACGAAUCGUUCCGCCCGCGAUCAUCAUCGCUCCCGCGCAACUUCUCACGCAAAUCCCUCGUCAGGAGCCACAGUCUGCGUCGGGUGUCGACGCCGGCGCCGCGCUGCUCGAGUCCUCUCGUCAAGAAAUCCUCCGCUCGCCCAACAACUGCUGGCGAAGCGAGUCUCCUGCGGCGGUCUGUGCGCGACGCCGCGUCGCUGUCGCCUGUACAGCGCUCACCGCACCUCCUCCCGUCAAGUCCAACCCCCGUCUUCGACUCAAACCCGCACAAGCGCCCCCACCUCGACCUUCCGUUUGCGCCCACAUCGUCGUCAUCGCCGUCAUCAUCGCCGCUGUUCCCCGCUGCAACGUCUGCAGGGACAACAGCAAUGACAGCAGGCACAUCCAUGCCUUCAUCCUCAUCGUCAGCGUUCACCACCACCACCACCACCACCACCACCACCACCACCACCAGUGGGUGCGGUACUAGCAGCGCACGCAACCCGUCACGGCGGCUGACGAGCAGCGUGAGCGCGGGGGUGAUUGCGGUGUCCCCGCACGUGAGGAGACGGUGUCUUGACAGCGGUCUCUCGGGACUGUCGCGAUUACCGUCAUCAUCGCAUGAUGGUGACCGCACACAACACCAUCACCACCAACAAUACCACCAACAAUACCACAACCACCAACAAUACCACCACCAACAAUACCACCAUCACUAUCAUCAGCAUGUAAGCCACUACAAUGGCAUGGCUGCUGAGGGCGAGAGUGAGGACGAGGGUUCGAGAGAAGGGAGGAGAAGUGCUGGCGCGACCACGGCGCUGCCAAUGGCACCUCGUGUUGCAAUGGAUGCUGGCGAUGAUGCAUUCAUGCCGUCCUCAUCAUCAGCGUCGUCGACAGCAAUACUGACGACGGAUGCCGACCUGCCAGUGCGUGCCGUUUCGCUGCCCACCACACCACUGCACUUACCAUCAUCAUCAUCGUCGUCGUCAGCGUUCGAUAUGGAGGCGUGAACACGCACACGCGUUGCGUGUUUACAUUGUGCGUUCCCGCGCUCCCUUCUUUCUCGUGUUACAUGGCUGCUCUCCUUGUCCCCCUUUCACGCUUGUUUAAUGCGUUUCAUGCAUGUGCAUAUUCUGCUUCUUUGCCCCCCCCCUCUCUCUCUCUCGACCUUAUGCUCGUAGGGAUAACGCUAUUUUCGAAAGGCCUUUUCCUCCCGCAUGAACACCCGGCCCCCACUGUCACCAGUUUUGCAUUUCACCUUGCACUUGCUCAUGCCCCCCCCCCUUUGCUAUCCUUUAAUCUCCCCGCAUCUCUGCUGCUUCCUGUUUAACUGCACUUAACGCUUCCCUGGUCAUGAACUGAUGUUCAUUCACUUCUAUCCCCGUACCUUUCUCUCUGUGUUACCAUCUCGGCUCGUCUACGUUUUCAUUUCGCGCGCGCGAGUGUGUGUGUGUGUGUGUGUGUGUGUGUGUGUGUGUGUGUGUGUGUGUGUGUGUGUGUGUGUGUGUGUGUGUGUUGAUAUUGACUGCUGUGCUUGUGACCCGUCACAAGAAGCGCACGCGCGAGUACAUCAUCAAGUAAGAUGUUCGCUCUUGUGUUCAUUGCAUCACCACGGGAAGGUAAAG